AUGGCCCCUGCCCAGCCAGAGCGGAGGGCGCACCCCAAAAAACAACGUUCAGACAAGGACUCUCCGGUCCACCCAUGGCGAAAGAUGCUCGAUGAUUACGGCGCGAUGUACCCUUUGGCACCUACCUCAGCGACAGCAAAUCAAAAUACAUUUCGCAUAGAGUACCCUGUCAAAUUCAAGGCGUUUGCUGCGGACGGUCUGUUUGCUGCAGCAAGUCCGUGGGCUCCGAAGCCUCCUCAUUCCAGCAAGGCUUCACGCGGAGCCCCCAAAAAUCGAUCUCACCAGCGAGUUCAGCCUUCCAGGUUCCUCGAAUUGCCGGCCGAACUCCGCAAUUCGGUCUACGAGCAGUUUGCCUACAACACGUUCUUGGAGGGCUGGCCCGUCACCGCAACUGCGGAUGCCAGAUCCUUCCUCUCAACAUGCCGCCAAAUCCGUCGCGAGUGCAUUCCGGUCCUGUUCGAGCAUGCAGAGAUACGGCUCAAGGUAGACAGCUGGAACUUUGACCUGUUUGCAAAGAUGUACGCCCAUGUUGAGGAGUUUCCACUGGCCAGAAAGGCCGUAGAUGCGAAUCAGCGAAUUCACUCGGUACUCAGGGCCAGCCAAUGGCAUUUCGAUGAAGAUGUGAGAAGGAUAGAUUUAUGGUUUGCGACCUGCUUGGACCACCCGACCAUGGGCUUCACUUAUGGCGCGAAAUGUCCUUCGGACUUGCGCAUCGAAUCGAGCCAUCAAUUUGCGUGGAUGCUGGGUCUCGAAGAAUUGCGCAGCCUCGAGCGCAGUCUCCUAUUUGCUCGGGAGGGCUUCCGCGACGACUUCAAACGUCAAGAACUCCGCCUGAUCAUCCAAGCCUUCGAGAAACAGGUUCAGCUAGAGGCGAAUUGCACCGCAACAAAGGAGUCGCAUGAGCAGCGUCAAAAUGCGUUAGCUACUGCAUAUGGAAUGCAGCCCACCAAGCAAGCAGUGUUUAAGAAGCAUAUCCGAAUGAUGAAGGAAAUGAAGAAGAGGGAGCAGCGGAGCGAAGAGAAGUGGGAGAAGAAGAUGGAGAAGGAAGAGAGGGGGAGGGAGAGGGAGAGGGAGAGGGAGAGGGAGAGGGAGAGGGAGAAAGCGAAAAGAGGAGAAGCAUUGAGCUAA